AUGGAGAAGCAAAAUACCCUUCAAAGUGAUGUUGUCAUCAUUGGGGCUGGCCUAUCAGGCAUUAAUAUGGCUUGUCAGCUUCAACGACAACUCAAAGUGAAUGACUUCGUACUCUAUGAUAGAGCUUCAGAGCUAGGCGGAGCCUGGGCAGCGAACAAGUAUCCUGGAUGUGGAGUUGAUAUUCCAGGGGUGUUAUACUCGCUCUCAUGGUUUCCCAAUCCUCAAUUUACUAGCCUCUUCCCAUCUCAAUCGGAAAUCCUAGCAUAUGUUCAAAAUGUGGCUAAUGCAUACCGAGUUCCCGAACGCACAAGGCUGCAGACCGAGUGGAAAGGCGCCAAAUGGAUGGAAUGUUCGAACACCUGGCAUAUAUACCUCUCCGAUUUGAAAACAGGAAAUGAUUUUAUCCAUGAGGCAAAAGUGUUGAUUUCUGCCGUUGGAGGAUAUACAAACCCCAAAUACCCAGUUUUACCUGGCAUUGAGAAUUUUGAAGGCCCGGUCGUUCAUACAGCUAAGUGGGACAAAGACUAUGAUCUACGGGGCCGCAAAGUGGCAGUUAUCGGUAAUGGAUGUUCCGGAUCUCAAGUCGUUCCUGCUAUCAUAGAGGAUGUCGGUAGCCUCACGCAAUUUAUUCGGAGCUCACAACAUUACAUACCUAUGACUGUCGGAAACUUUCAAUUCGGAAAGGUAUACCAUGCAAUCUUCUCCUACUUCCCCAUUCUCUUGAUGUUUCUGAGAUGGCUUGUCUUCUGGAUUCUGGAUUCAUCCCUUGCUCAAUUCUACAAUGAUUCACAAGGGCAAAAAUCCAGAAAAGAGAGGCUUGACAUCAGCCAGCAGUACAUCAACGACCACGCGCCAGAGAGAUACCGCCCUUUGCUUACACCUGAGCAUGAUUUGGGAUGCAGACGGCGAAUCUUGGAUAAUAAAUACAUUCGCUCUCUUUAUAGUCCCAAAGUACAGCUAGUCAAAGACACUAUCACAAAAGUCGGGCCGAAAAGUCUGAUCACCGCGUCAGGCAAACAACAUGAAGUGGACUUUAUCAUCUUAGCGACUGGAUUUCAAUUCACGCAAUGGAAAGCUGAUGCCGUGAUCGGACGAGAUGGACAAAGUCUACAGCAACAUUGGGAUAAUCUUGGAGGCAUUGGAGCUUAUGGGACAGUUUCGAUGAGUGAUUUCCCCAAUAUGUUCUUUAUUUUGGGUCCCAACUCAGGGAGUGGCCACACAUCUGUUUUGUUUGCUAUGGAGUGCGUGGUGAAUCUUGUGAUCAAAAUCAUACGCCCCAUUCUUAAGAACCAGGCACUGCUUGUUGAGGUGCGCAAAGAGGCCGAGGCCGAGUGGUAUACUACCAUACAGUCUGCCCUCAAAAAAACAGUAUUGUCGCAGAGUUGCUCAAAUCAAUACACGGAUUCGAAAACUGGCUGGAACUUCUUCUCCUACCCGUUCAGUUCCAUUCGUCUAUGGCUGACGCAAUAUCCGGAUGUAAAACAUUGGCUUUAUCGGUGA